AUUCGGCAAUUCGGCAUCGAUUUGAGCUGAGUUUUGAUUCGGUUUAGUUCUGUUGAUAAAACAACAACGAUUUUCACUCUCUAAUAAAACUACUUAAUCCAAUAAAUUAUACACAAUGAGUCGCAAAGAGGCAUUGUCGUCGUUCAUCCAACAAAUCCACGGGCGACCGGUCGUCGUGAAACUAAACAGUGGCGUCGAUUACAGAGGUGUACUGGCGUGCCUCGACGGGUACAUGAACAUAGCACUGGAACAGACCGAGGAGUAUGUCAACGGACAGCUCAAGAACAAAUACGGGGAUGCAUUCAUACGAGGGAACAAUGUGCUCUACAUCAGCACACAGAAGAGACGGAUAUAGUAUGGAGUCAGUGCGGAGUAUGUUGUGGGAAAUAGGGUUAAGGAUGUAAUAAAUAAAUGUUUGCAAUCUCUCA